AUAUGAUAUUCUUUGAAUUAUACAGAAAAAAUACUUAUUAUUAUAAUAUAUAUAUAUAAUAAAUUUAUCUAUUUUAAAUAUGUUUUACAAAUUAUAUAUUUAUUAUUAAAAUUAUACAUAUCCUUCAGAUUUUUUCAAUAAUCUUAAGUCUUAUUCAUAAAUCAGUAUACCAUGAUUUGUUUUUAGAAACAAAUCCUUUAUUUGUACAAGCACAUGGAUCAUAAAUAAGUAGAUUUAUAAAUGUUUCAAAAUAAUGUAAUAUACAAAAUUAUGAAAUAUAAAGUUAAGAAGAAAAUAAUUUAUAUUUCUUAAACAUAGUUUUAUUAAAUAUAAACAAUUCAGAUUUUAAAAUUUAGAAAUAAUAGAUUAAUUUAUAUAUUAUCGAAUUAUAUAUAUUUAUCAGAUUUCGUGAAUAUCAAAUGACAAUAUGUCGUUAAUAUGUCGAAAACUAUGUUCUUUUAUUUUAUUUGAACAUUUUGGACAGAUUGUUCAAUGUGUAGGUGAAGAUUUAUUUAAAUAUGGUGCAAAACCAUUAGUAUUAAUUCGACAUACAACACAUCUUCCUGUAACAAAGAUCAAAGAAGCAUUAUGUGUUUUAAUAAAACAUGGCCUUGUAAAAUAUCGUCAAACAGAAAAAGGAAUGGAAUAUAUUUUAAUUUAUGAAAGAGUCUUAAAUAUUCUUCGUUAUCCAAAGUAUAUGUUUUUUGUGAAAACAAAUUGUGGAAAUGAAGCUGAAAUGAUGUUAGAACAAGUAUUAAAAAAUGGAUAUAUUACAGCUUCUGAAGUGAUUAUAAAAACAUAUAAAAGAAUUGAACAAUCACCCUCUAGUAUACAACCAUCAAUUCCAGUUUUAAAAGAAAAGUUUGAAUUGCUUAUCAAAUAUCAAUUUUUAAUGCGUAGUACAAACAAAAAUGAAGAAGAAGGAAAUUCAAAACGUGAUUUUACAUUACCAGAUUUAGAUUUAACUGCUAUUGCAAAAUACUUAGAAGGAGACAAUUGUAAUCUUAAAGAUAAAAUUUAUUGGGAAAUUAAUAUUGAUCGUUUUACUCAAGAUUUUAGGGAUCAAAUUAUUGUAUCAUCUAUAAGUAAAAGACUUGAUAAAAAUGCAGGGGAAUUAAUGAGGCGAUUAUUAUUUCUUAUGUAUCUAAGGACAGCAUCAUGGGAAGAUACAUCUAAUCCAAUACCAUUUGCGGAAAUAAAAGAUGCAGUUAAAAAACUCAAUUAUCCAUUACUUACUCAGCAUCUUGAUCAAUAUUUACGUCUCAUUGAGGAAGAUAGUAGUCAAUUUUUAAAACGAGUUGGAGAUUCUGGAGGUGGUCAAUAUAGUGUUAAUAUGAAAGAAGCAUUUAAUCAAUUAGCAUGGGCAUCUUUAGAAAAUAUUGUAAUGGAACGAUUUGGUUCAAAAGCUGCUAGAAUUUUUAGGUUAGUGCGUGCUAGAAAGUAUAUUGAACAAGAACAAAUUCAACAAUUAGCUAUGAUUCCAGCAAAAGAAGCAAAACAUUUGACAUAUAGUCUACUGCAAGAAAAUUAUUUACAAAUGCAGGAAAUAAAAAAAAGUGGAGUAUCAGCUGCACCAAUAAAAACAUUUUUUUUAUUUCACAUUGAUUUAAAUUUGGUCGUUCGUAUGGAAAUCGAACACUGUUAUCAUGCAUUAUACAAUAUAAUGCAAAGACGAGAGUAUGAAGUAAAUAGUAAUAAGCGUAUGAUUGAUAAACAAUUGCGAAUGCAAACAUUAACAAGUAAUUUAAAAGAACAUGGUGCUCCUGAAGAACAAUUAGCAGAGAUUGCAGAAAUGAUGACUCCAACUGAGAAACAACAAUUAGAAAAAGUCCAAAAUACAAUUAAGAAAUUGGGUAUCACUGAAUUACAGAUUGAUGAUACUCUAUUUCUAUUGACGAUGUAUUUACGUUAUCAUUAAAUGAAGGCAUAUUUUGUAAAAAUAUGACAUAUUAUCAUGAUUAUUAUAUUAUAAUAACGCUAUUCAUUUUUAUUCAAAUACGCAAUCAAUGCGUAAAUCCAUCAAAAAACAAAUACAUAAAAUUUCAUUCAUUUAUAUAGUUAUUUAUUUAUGUAUAAUAAUGGUUACGCUUGUAAAAUACAAACAACAAAGAAUACCUAACUUUCAAAUUAUUGUAAUAAAUAUAAUCAUAUGUCUAUGUUUAUAAUAGUGCUGCUCUCUAUGUGAUACAGUGCAUUUGAUGUCACUAUCUGUCAGGGAAAAUGAUCUUGGAGUACACACCUUUAAAUGUUCUACCAUUGACAAACUUCGUGUAAUUAUACCUUUUGAUGCGAUAUAAAUGUAUGUUAGUUGAUUAAAAACAAAUUAUUAGAGUUAUGAAUCACAGCCAGCUCAAGGUGCUUUAUGGAUCAGUAAAUAAGUCGAACGCUGCAAAUGCUAUUUAUAAUUAGCUAAAAACGUAAUUUCAUUAUCUUAUGUAAAGAUUGGAGACCAUCAUUUUUAGUGUGUCGCUAUUAACAUACGUUUUACUUCCAAGUAUGAUUUUCCCUUAAUUCCUAUUAUAUACGUUGUACGUUCAUCUCAACACUACUGCAAUGGAAACGAUUUUCUCCGGUUCUAAAUUACAUAUUGGUAAUGAAAAUUCAAAGCAGAUAGUCUUAAUAGUUCACCGAUCUUAAAUAUACAUAUUUUGAUUGUAUGCUAUUGACACCGAUUAAUAAUGUGUACAACCAAUCGCAAAUAGUGAUAAGAUGAUCGUAAGCGUGUAAUCGCAUCCAACAUGCAUUUGACUGAUUUUAUACUUUUCUUUCUCUCUUUCUUUCAACACAUAUACACAUACAUACACACAUUCAAACUCUUUCCCUUCUCUCUCAUUUACACGGUUCUGCAUAGACUAUGUACACUGCACGUACAUACAAGUUUCUGCUAGAAAUAACGUUGUAUACCUAAAACUAAGAUUGAAUUUCGGUAAAGCGUUAUUUUAUUAUAUAUUUUUUUUUUCAUACCAUUAACAACAACGUACAUGUAAAUGAAGUGAAUUGUUGGAAUAUUGAGAUUGGAUGUUAGUGUUCACUUUUUUCUUCGUUACGUUAGAUACACUAUAGUAUUAGUAAUGUAUUCGUUUUACAAUUUACUAUUCUUACAAUUUGCAUUUGCACUGGUUGCAUUUCUUUUCUUUUUUUUUUUUUUUUUCUUUUGAAAUUCGAUGAAUUUACAGCGAGUGCAUCGGGAUUAUCGUGAAAAAUGUUUCGUUUCUAGGUAUACAAACGAAAAAAAAAAGAAAAAAAAUGAAAAAAUUAGAAUUAUGUACUUAAUAUCAAACAUCAAAUUUUUUUUUUUUACUAAAAUCCAAGGAAAAUUCAUGCAUUAUUUCGAUUUUUGUAGUUGUAAUCCAUGAAAUAAACGGAACUAAAAUUAACUGCUAAAACAAACGAUGUGCAAGAUUUAAUCGAAAUUGAUGAAAAUUGGACGAGGAAGAUACGAGCCGAGCUUAAUUAUACAUGAUCCGAAAAUGCUUUCUUGAUUAAAACAAAAAUGAGAUUAAAAGAAAUCGAGGAAAAGAAAAGUUAAGAAAAUCAAGUUAUUUUGAAAGAUUAUAAAGAUAUGGCACAGUAGAAAAUAACGUACAAGGCGCGUUUAUAUCUUCCGCAUUGAACAAUGAAUUGAUUUAUCGAAUGAUUCAAUGAACAAGAUGAAUAAGGCUGAAAUGUCGGUCUUUGGAGAUCAAACUGGCGAAGAAAGAGGAAGCAGAAAAACAAAAAUGGACGAAAAUGUGAAUAGCUUGAAAGAAAUGGCUUCAAAGAAAAUAUAAUAUUUAAAUUUUUCAGAAUGUGACAAGAAGAAGAAAAAAAAUACGUUUCAGUGUAAAUGUAAAAAAAAAAAAAGCAUCUAAUUGUAUUGCGUGAACGAUACGACAUCGAAAAUUUUUGAGUAUUCGAGCACGCAAACGAUCGACGAUCUUCCUGUUGUCGUCAUCAUUGUCAUCUUGAACUGGCACGUACAACCUCUAUUGCUACUGCGUAAUAAGGAUAAUUAUUAAAAAAAAAGAAGAGAGAAAUAAUAUAAUAUUAAUAAUAAUCAUAAUAGUAAUCAAUAAUAAUAAUAAUAAUAAUAAUAAUAAUAAUAAUAAUAAUAAUAAUAAUA